AUGUGCAUGCCCGAGGAUCACGGCGAUGCCGCGGUCAUUUCGUACGUAGAUUUCUUCGCAGCGACGCCGGUACAGCCGCUUCCUCCGACACGACCGCCGUACCAACAUCAGCUCACACUUCGACAUCAACGCCCUGUACCGUCUUUGACGUUGGCCGUGGUACCGGAAACGUCUGCAUCGGCACCGGAAGACAACGCCACGACCGUCGCUGCCACGCCGAAGCGGGCACAUAGGACUUUGCGUUGCACGUGUCACAACACACCGGCGGCUAUGCGAUUGGGCGCAAAACGACACGUGACAGCCACUGACGACGUCACGUUGUCCAUCCGGCUAUUCAUCACGCUGUCCAUCGCUAUCCUGGCAACCAAACUGAUCGCCGACGCCGUGUACUCGACUGGCGUACACUGCUCCUCGGUGGGCAAUCCACACUCUCACAGGGCCAAGAGACAGUUGCCGCCGAUUGAGCAGGGCAACAUGGUGAUCGACAGCAUAUUUCAGAUUCCUAUAAAAACGCUCAGCGCCGUCGGGACACUAAUUAAGACUGCCCGUCCUCUGGUGCGCAGGACCCGCGAACGCAUCCAGCAGUACUACACGGGUUACCAGCAGCAAUACAGCAACGGCCAGCAGCAAUACGGCAACGGUCAGCAGCAGUACGGCAACGGUCAGCAGCAGUACGGCAACGGUCUGCAGCAGUACGGCAACGGUCUGCAGCAAUACAGCAAUGGCCAGCAGUACUACAGCAAUGGCCAGCAGUACUACACCAGUGGUCAGAAGCGCUACAGCAUUGGCCGUGUGAACUCCGACCCGGAAUCACGCCAGGACGAUAGAGAAGAGUUCGUUCACCGGCCCAAGCGGAAACAGGUGACUUAUCGAGCUGGGAACGAUCAGCCCGAGGGCCGCCGCCUAUACAAAUCCGAAGUUUACUGA